AUGAGUACGACGACAAGGACUCGGAGGCCCCACACUAGGAGUAAAACGGGGUGUUUGACGUGUCGAAAGCGUCGCGUGCGUUGUGAUGGCGGAAAACCAACCUGUACCCGAUGUGUCAGUGCAGGGCGGAUAUGCGACUUUGCUGAUCCUGGUAUCCCACUUCGAGACCGUAAAGCUAUCUGUCUUCCUGGCGAACAGCAACCUUGGAUUAUAAGCCAGGACGCACCGCCAGUAACUCUCAUCGUUAAUUCCCCCUUUGGAAAGUCAGUGGAGCCUUUCGACUGUUUAGGCUUGGACAUGACUCUCCGCUCAAGAGAGUUACUUCACUACUUCCACAACAGCCACGACAGUGCCGAUUUGGUACUUAGCAAAGCCUCUAGAAACAUCUUUUCUUCUGUCGCUCAACAUCCUGAUGCUCUACGGGACACUCUUCUGGUGGCUGGCCUGCACUAUGCAUGGACUGUUGGUGAUCUCGAAACAUAUAAACCAACAUUUUUGUUUCACAAAGUCUCUACGAUCCAAGUCUUGAACCGAUGGUUGCAGAACAUACACCAGCCAGGACUGAUGACCUUCAUCCGACAUGUCUCAAUUCUUUGCUUCAUAGAAGCAGCUUACGGUAACGUACAUGACACAGAGGCUCAUAUCAACGGCCUCGUAAACGCUGUCCACCUUCUGAGCCCCCUCGAUGACGACUUCAGCCAUCGAUCAGAAAUCGAAGAAGAGCUUGCUAAUCGCUAUCUCUUGCUCACAUAUUAUGCCUACCAAGGGUUCAAAGCCAGAAUAUUAGGAAGCGAUUCAUUGCAAAACCUGUUCCGGCAAAACAACACCGCAGAGUUCUCCACGUUCGUGUCACAAAUUUACCUCUGGAAGACGCAAAACAUCGGCCAUCUCGAAAUGCGUCUCGACGCCAUGAAACUCUUACCAUUCUUUUUCGCAGCUCUCUCCUCGACAACGCAAUUCCACAGCAUCGACGCGUCGCCUCUGAUAGACUGCCUGAAGCAUGUUACUACAUCAACUCAGACAGUCAGAGAGGACCGUUACAAAUGUGAUCCCAGCUGGGAAUGGAUCGAGGGCUCGGAUUCUCGACUACUUUGCGCUACCAUCAGCUCCCAUUUCUCGUCUCUGUUCCACGACGAUAUGUUCUCAUCAGUACAGUCCUCAAAGUAUAGCACUUCCUGGUCUGGUAUGUGCGCUGCAUCGAGCUUGUAUAUGCACAGCGUCCUGGAACUCUGGAACGGUGGGGAGUCCAUCGACGCUCGUCUCUUUCGAAGAUUCUUAUGUAUUUUGAAUCGAGAUCUCAGGCAGUCGGUUAGCACCCUGGGACUAAACGACUCUACGGACUUUUGGCUCUGGCGAGCGUUCCUGGGAGCGUAUAGCAUUGCCAAACAGCAAGCCAAAACCCAUGACCCAUUGCUGGAUAACCUUCAAGGAACUUUUACUGGCUAUGUGGAUGCUUGGAAAAAGGUUGCUGGGUUAUCAGUUUGGGAACAAGCGCAUGCCUGUUUGGUGUCAGUUGCAUGGCCUGCCUCUAUGAAUUAUGAGACAGGGCGCAGUGUUUGGACAAGUUCAAUCGAGUGUGCAACAAGUUAG